GUAAGCAAAUAGAUUUUCCACGUAUUUUCCCGUCACCUAGCACGAGCCUUCGGUAAGAUCUCGUUGCUGCCUGUGUAUAACAACACAGCAUUGUAUGAGCUGCUUCAUUCUCUGCAGCCCAGUUAUUUGUCGAAGUUCUUUUAGAUUCUAUCCACUCACUCCCGGAUCAGAAGACUUGCAUUUCCCAAGAGCUUUCCUUUGCAAAUCUUUGUUCAAUAAUGAAACAGGAAUUCUGAGAUCAUGGAAGAAAUCAUGGAAGAAACUGCCUGCCUUGAAGCAUGCAAUCAAAUUCAUGAGAUUGGUGCAUUGAGAGAUAAUCUUGUGGAAGAAGCUGAUUAUCAAGAAAGGGGGAACGAAACUUAUAUUGAUGAGCAACCCAGUUAUUUCCCACCAGAACUGGUCGGUCAUAUUCCAAAGAAUUCGAAUAUAUCGUAUCAUUACUACUUAAUGGAGCUGGAGCAGAAAUUUGUUUACGAAAUUCCAGUUCAUGAUAUUGUGCUUGUCCUGAGAAAUAAGCUAGAAGCUGAACUUGGAAGCUUGCAUUUUGACUUGCAUGUUGGCAGGGGUAGUUUGACAGUGAACUUUAAAUAUGUAGAAGAGAUUAAUCUCACCACAGAUCAGGUCCUUUUGUGUAGAAGGUUUCAGAAUACUCUUUUAAGUGUUCUUAUUCAUCAUGAUUUGAAAAGUUUAAACGAGCGUAUGGAUGGAGAUAUUUUGGGAGCUGAGACUGAUUAUCUUUUGCUCCCAGCCACUGCAAAGCAUCAGAGACCUGAGAUCAUUGAUUGGCCUUGCGUUAAUUCUGUGCUAUUUUCGUGGAAGAAGAAUGGUGAAUCUCACUUGAAUUGUUCUUUACCCGAGGGUUGUGCUCGUAUUGUACAAACCAAAGAUGGUCCUGUAUGCACUUGCCUGCUUCAGGAUUCUUUGGUGUACACCCCUCACACUGAUCAAAUGUAUUGCACAACUAGGAUUCUGGAAUUGAAUGCAAACUCACGUAUGCAGCACCACCGUCGUGGCAAAAUGCUUAGAGGGAGACCCAUUUUUCGUGUGAAAAAUUACCUUCAAAGAUGCAAAAAUCAGAACGAGAAAGAAUCAAGAAUGCCUUCGGUUGAAUUGCCUCCGGAGCUUUGUUCUGUAGUUAUGUCACCGAUAUCAAUCAAUACAUUUUAUUCUUUCUCAUUUGUUCCUUCAAUCAUGCACCGGCUCGAGUCUUUGCUUAUAGCUGCCAACUUAAAAAUGAUGCAUUUGGAUCAUUGCAAGCAGAAUGAUGUUCUUCCAAUCUCCAAGGUCUUGGAAGCAAUUACUACGAAGAAAUGCCAAGAGACAUUUGACUUGGAAUCCUUAGAAACGCUUGGAGAUUCAUUUCUCAAAUAUGCGGUGAGUCAACAGCUUUUUAAGACCUAUCAAGAUCAACCCGAGGGUGUCCUUACUUCGAAGAAAGAAAAAAUAAUUUCAAAUGCAGCUCUUUGCGAGUUUGGAAGUCACCGCAAACUUCCGGGAUUUAUUCGAGAUGAGUCCUUCAAUCCGAAAAAGUGGAUCAUUCUGGGUGAUAGAUUGGGUAGUGCAUUAAGUGAGGAGUUACUUUUUAAUAGGAGAAAAAUCUAUAUUAGGGAAACUAGGAAGAUGGAAAGUAAAACUGUUGCUGAUGUUGUGGAGGCACUAAUUGGUGCAUUUCUUAGCAUUGGUGGUGAAACAUCAGCAUUAUUAUUUAUGGAAUGGUUGGGUAUAAAGGUAGAUUUUCACAUAACACCAUAUGAGAGACCCUUCCCAAUUCAUGCAGAGAAGCGUCUCAAUGUCAGACAUUUGGAGUCCCUAUUGAACUACUCAUUCCGUGAUCCUUCGUUGUUAGUGGAAGCAUUGACCCAUGGUAGCAUGUUUCGCGAGAUUCCAAGAGAUUAUGAGCGGCUUGAAUUUCUUGGGGACUCAGUUUUGGAUUAUCUCAUGACCAAGAAUUUCUACUGUGAAUAUCCUGGGUUGUCACCAGAACAGUUAACUGACAUGAGAUCUGCUUCUGUAAAUAAUGAAUGUUAUGCACGAUCUGCAGUUAAGUUUGGACUACACAAACACAUCCUCCGUGACUCACAAGAACUCGACAAGCAGAUAGUUAAAACUUGUAACAAUUUUGAGAAGUUAUCAUCAGAAUCAACUUUUGGAUGGGAUGCCGAGACCACAUUCACCGAGGUACUUGGUGAUAUUAUAGAGUCUCUAGCAGGUGCCAUUCUUGUAGAUUCUGGAUACAAUAAGGAGAUGGUCUUUGGUAGUAUAAGGCCUCUUUUAGAGCCUCUGAUCACACCUGAGACGCCAAUGUCUCAUCCUGUGAAGGAGUUGACUGAACUAUGCCAAAAAAGGCAUUACGAAAUGGAAGAGAUAAACAAGAACCGCAACGACAAUGAGGGUCUUAGUUACAUUACAGUAAAGGUCAAUGCUAAAGGUCACCUAUUCGAGCAUAGAGGUGAAGCUACCAAUGGAAAAACAGCAAAGAAAUUAGCUUGUAAAGAAGUUUUGAAGUCCUUGAAGGAUUUUGAAAGGAUAAGAAUAUAAAGCCUAGGAAAAUUUGCACCUAUUGAUGUUGAGUUAUUACUGUUAUAUUUCUAAGUAUGAUGUCUUACAAAGCUCUUAUUUGGUGUAAAGUGAUUUUGUAAUUCCUUUUCUUGUUUUUGUUUUUGGUGUAAAAUUUUGCCUUAUUAUUUUUAAGAAGCUGCAAUAAAAAGCAACGUUGUAAUUUUGGAA